GUGGUUCAUAUUUAUUGUCUGGACAUUGCAGUGUUAGAUAUAUAGAGAGGGGUUGGACUUGGCAUUGAACUAUAAACAGACACUUUAAGAUUAGUUUCUCAUGGUGACGAACUGCCUCUAUAUUAAUCCAGCAGCCCCUUUUGCUUUUAGUUGCAGAUCAAAUUAUGUCGGCUUACAUAGAGAAACUAAUUUUCUCCAUGGAAGAUACGUUCUAACGGGGAAGUCGCAAUCUUCUGCACGUCGAUCAUGGCGUUUGUGCUCUCCCAACUCAAUCAGCUUGGUCGCGGCUUUUUCAGCGGUGAAGAUAGAAGAAGAUGAAUCGGCAAGUGAUUGGCACAACAAAGCAGCAGCACUCAUAAAGGAUCUUAGGGUUUGCUUUAAUGCAGGUAAAACGAAGAGCUUUGACUGGAGAAUCUCCCAGUUGAAGAGCAUUGAGAAAAUGGUGGAUGAGAAAGAGAAGGACAUACUUGCUGCUCUUCAUCAGGACCUUGCUAAACCUGAACAAGAAUCUUUUCUCUAUGAGAUUCUGCAUGUUAAGAAUUCUUGUAAGCUUGCGGUUAAAGAACUCAAUAACUGGAUGACACCUGAGAGGGUGAAAACAUCUUUCACAACUUAUCCAUCUUCUGCUGAGAUUGUACCAGAACCUUUAGGAGUUGUGUUGGUCAUCUCAACAUGGAAUUAUCCUUUCUUAUUAUCUCUUGAUCCAGUAAUUGGAGCUAUUGCAGCUGGUAAUGCUGUGGUUCUCAAACCAUCAGAAAUUGCUCCUGCCACUUCUUCCUUGCUUGCAAAUUUGUUACCUGAGUAUGUUGAUAGUUCUGCAAUCAGGGUUAUAGAAGGAGCGGUUUCUGAGACAACUGCUUUGUUAGAGCAGAACUGGGACAAAAUAUUUUAUACAGGUAGUGCUAGAGUUGGGAGGAUUGUUAUGUCAGCAGCUGCGAAGCAUCUUACUCCUGUAGUUUUGGAACUUGGAGGAAAGUGUCCUGCGGUUGUUGAUUCAGAUGUGGACCUUCAAAUUGCAGCAAGGAGGAUUGUUGCAGGAAAGUGGGGAUGCAAUAGUGGACAGACAUGUGUUUCCCCUGAUUAUGUCAUUACUACAAAAGCCUUUGCUUUGAAGUUGAUUGAUUCCUUGAGAUCGGAGUUGAUCAAUUUCUUCGGAGACACUCCACUAGAAUCCAAAGACAUGUCCCGUAUUGUAAACUCCUACCAUUUUUCACGUUUGGCGAAGUUGAUGGAUGAUGACCGGGCAUCUGAUAAGAUAGUGGUUGGAGGACAAAGAAACGAACAUCAAUUAAGAAUAGCACCUACAAUUCUUUUAAAUGUUCCAGAAGAUUGUCCAAUAAUGAAUGAGGAAAUAUUUGGACCAUUGCUUCCUAUUCAAACUGUUGAAAAUGUGAAAGACAGCUUUGAGUAUAUAAAGUCGAGACCUAAGCCUUUGGCCGCUUACCUUUUCACAAAUAAUGAGACACUAAAGAAGGAUUUUGUGGAUGCUGUGUCAGCCGGAGGAGUGGCAAUCAAUGAUACUGUUUUGCAAGUUACAGUCGAGUCUUUACCAUUUGGAGGAGUUGGAGAAAGUGGUAUGGGAUCAUACAAUGGAAAGUUCUCGUUCGAUGCUUUCAGUCAUAAGAAGGCAGUUCUUUACAGGAGCUUUGGUGGAGAAUCAUCGACGAGGUACCCACCCUACACUCCUGCCAAAUUUAGACUGUUAAAGGCUUUGAUCAAUUUUGAUAUAUUAGGCAUCUUGUUUCAAUCAUCGGUCUGAAUUUUGUAAUCUUUGACCAAAUUAUUAAGUUCCAUGAAUAAUCAAUCAUUUGCAUAU